CCCAACAACAAAAAACCGAAGUAAUUUUUACUCUCUCCCCUUCUCUAUUUCUCCCCUCAAAACCUCUCAAAACUAAGUGAAGAUUUCUUGCGAGCAAAGCUCUGAUGACAUCGCCAUUAGAGGAACACGACUACAUAGGCCUCUCCGAGGUCUCCUCCAACGGCUCCGCCAUCUCCUCCGCCUCCUCCUCCGCCGCCGCCGGCGACGACAAGCUCACCAACCUCAAGCAGACGGAGCUCCGCCUGGGGCUGCCUGGAUCCGAGUCCCCUGAGCGGGUUAGCGGGUCGGGUCUCACUCUCGGUAUCGGCAUCAAGGGGUUCGGGUCUGGGUCCAAGAGGGGAUUCUCUGAUGCGCUCGAUGGGCGAGCGAAAUGGGUUUUUAGUGGGAGCUCUGGAUCCGAACCCAACAAGGGAGAGAGCAGUGAGAGAGCUAAGGAUGUGGAGAAGAAGCCCAUGCCCAAUUCUGCUCCUGCUGCUAAGGCACAAGUAGUGGGUUGGCCACCAAUCCGAAAAUCCCGACAAAAUAUAAUGGCUACUAACAACAACCAAUCAAAGAAUAAGGAAGAUGCUGACGGGAAACAAGGUUCGGGGUGUCUCUAUGUGAAAGUUAGCAUGGACGGAGCGCCUUAUCUCAGGAAAGUUGAUCUCAAAACAUACUCCAACUAUAAGGAGCUUUCGUUAGCCCUGGAGAAGAUGUUCAGCUGCUUUACUAUUGGUCAGUGUGGUUCACAUGGAAUACCAGCAAAGGAUGGUCUAAGUGAGACCAGGAUGGCUGAUCUUAUUGAUGGAUCUGAAAAUGUCCUCACUUACGAGGACAAAGAUGGGGAUUGGAUGCUUGUUGGGGAUGUUCCAUGGGACAUGUUCACUGAAACCUGUAGGAGGUUGAGAAUCAUGAAGGGUUCAGAUGCAAUUGGACUUGCUCCAAGGGCCAUGGAGAAGAGCAAGAACCGGAACUGAUCUCUUCAAGCACAAAGAACACCAACUAUUUAAAAGGGCUCUUCCCAAAAUCAUAAUGUUUUUUAAAUAUGUCCUAUCGUCUCUCUUGCGGUUUGUUAUUAUCUACAUGGAUCAAAACCUAAAAUUAGCUCACUACGAUUUCUCAGGGACAAAUAGACCUUCCUAGAUUUGUGUUCAUUUUCUCUAUUCCUCAUCCUGUUAUUAUUAUGUGUAAGUUGCGCGUGCUUAUUGUUUGUGACUUGCUAUAUCCUACGGCAUUGCUUUCCUCCUACUUCCAUAAGUUUGCUAGGCUUUAUUCAAGGCAGCUCCGACGCACCAAAGCUUCGGAGUUGUAGUGAUGGUUGAAGACCAUAGUUCCAUAGUCUAGCGCGUCCCUGAGACCCGGAGUUAUGCAGUGUAUUUUUUCAUUUUAAAAAUAAAUCUGCUUCUUUGAAUAA